AGUCUUAGAAGUCUUGACCAGUAUGGGUAGAUGGAAACUGUGGUUUGCUCUGCUUCUGCUUCUGCUGCUGUUCUGUACAGGCACAAAAGCUGUUCAGGAGCACCGUGUGAAAACCAUUAGUAAAGAACCAGAUGUGACUCCACUGUGCACCAAUAAAACAAUGAAAGUUAUCCUGAUGAUAGUGUGUAAGAUUCAAACAGAGAGGAGCAGAGGAGAAAACUGUAGUCUGAUGUAUCGACAUGGACAGGACUUUGAGCAUGGAUGUGACUCCAGGUUCACACUGAUGACAGAAAAUCAGACUGUGUUUCUCCACCUGACAAAUUUAACAGCAGAGGACAGCGGGAACUACACCUGUGAGUGUGUACGUACUGGAGGAGCAGAUAAGCUUUAUCUCAGUGUAACUGUGAAAGAAUUUUCAAAUAAUGUAGACGGAGUCAAUCCCACCACGAACAGUUCAGCUGAAGUUCAUUUAAGAAGUUCAUUCUAUGCUGCAACUGGAUCAGCUGUAUGCAUCAUCACAUCUGGAGUUAUCCUUGGACUGGUCUACAGCAAAAAAUACCACAGCAGAAAACAUCAGGCGCUAAUAACCAGUCAUGGAAACGACAAACUGUACACGGAAGCAGAAUACCGAGCCACGCGGUGUCUUCGUGCAAACGAAGAAUGGUCUUUAAUUACAGUGACUUCUGAAAUCAAAGCGCUUACCAUUUAUGUAAAUGUUUGAAGAGGCAUGGUUAGGGAACAUUAAUAUUAU